UAGCUCGCCUUCCAUUUCGUCCCUUCCUAUUCAUACUACCUUCUACGAGUUUGAGCAGCCAUGGCGGCAACAACACCACUGCUUGCUGUGGCUGGACAUGGAGUAUCCUACAAACCAGCAAAUGCUAAAGACAGCUACUACUGCUUCAAAUUUGCAUCAUCGGCAAGAACAAGAGUCACCCUCCCACAGAUCAUCCACUGGUAGUACUUACAAUACAUUAUAUAUCAUACUACUAGCUACUUGUUUAAUUUGUGUGACUUAUUACAAUAACGGAGUUGUUGUAUUUUAGGUGUAUAUAUUUUUAGAUGGUUUUAUAGGACAAGCUCAUGCAAGUAUAUAUAGCCCAACGGAUAAUUCACGAACUAUAAUUCCUAAUUUUUUUAAGAGUCAAAUAAUGAAAAAAACUACUUGUUGUAUGCGUAGCUAGGAUUUUUUCAUGAGGUAUGCCAUAAGAACUUCAAGUUUACCUAAAAAAUCUUUUAAAAAACUAAACAUCAUGGAUCAAAAUUGCAGAGAAAAAGUUAGGGUUUGCUACAAAUUCACCAUCUCUUCCUGUAAGCUCAGGGCUAAGGUCUAAGAGGGACUGGAGGAGAGCCGAACAACAGCGCUCACUAGCGGCGAUGGUGGGGGCAUGCCGCGCACCUGCCACCUUGUUGUUGCUUUUAUUUUUGUGAUGAUCUUCCAUCAGGUGGCGGCUUGACUGCUGGUCUCCCACUCUCAUAUACCCUAUGGACUAUUGGUGUCGUAUUGUCUCUAGACUGGUGGUCCAGUGGGCUGGCUAAGGGUAUGCCAUGGACCACCCGGACCACCCACCAGCUACGCCUCUGUUGUAUGACAGUAUGAAACGAGUAAUUCAUGUGGCAUACAAAUAUAGCCCAACGGAUAAUUCACCAAGCACAUGAAAUACAGGAGGUGCAGGAGCAGUCAUAGCAGCACGGGGACCACGACCAUGGCCGUCCCUGUCCUCAAGCGGCGGGAGAAGCAGGACGAAGAGCAGGAAUGGAUGGGGUACCUGGCCCCGGAGAAGCUGGAGGUGCUAGCACACCUGGAGCCGUGGGCGGAGGCGCACGUGCUGCCGCUGCUGAAGCCCGCGGAGGAGGCGUGGCAGCCGUCGGACAUGCUCCCGGACCCGGCGGCGCUGGGCGACGAGGGCUUCCACGACGCGUGCCGCGAGCUCCGCGCGCGGGCGGCCAGCGUGCCCGACGCCCACCUGGUGUGCCUGGUGGGCAACAUGAUCACUGAGGAGGCCCUGCCCACGUACCAGAGCGUGCCUAACCGCUUCGAGGCCGUGCGCGACCUCACCGGCGCCGACUCCACCGCCUGGGCGCGCUGGAUCCGCGGCUGGUCCGCCGAGGAGAACCGCCACGGCGACGCCCUCAGCCACUACAUGUACCUCUCGGGCCGCGUCGACAUGCGCCAGGUCGACCGCACCGUGCACCGCCUCAUCGCCUCCGGCAUGGCCAUGAACGCCGCCAGGAGCCCCUACCACGGCUUCAUCUACGUCGCUUUCCAGGAGCGCGCCACCGCCAUCUCGCACGGCAACAUGGCGCGGCACGUCGGCGCGCACGGCGACCACGUGCUCGCCCGCGUAUGCGGCGCCAUCAUGGCCGACGAGAAGCGCCACGAGACCGCAUACACCCGCAUCGUCGCCAAGCUCUUCGAGGUCGACCCGGACGCGGCCGUGCGCGCGCUCGGCUACAUGAUGCGCCACCGGAUCACCAUGCCGGCAGCGCUCAUGACCGACGGCCGCGACGCCCACCUCUACGCCCACUACGCCGCCGCCGCGCAGCAGACCGGCGUGUACACUGCGUCUGACUACCGAAGCAUCCUGGAGCACCUCAUACGGCAGUGGCGCGUGGAGGAGCUCGCGGCGGGGCUCUCCGGCGAGGGGAGGCGCGCGCGGGACUACGUGUGCGGGCUGCCGCACAAGAUCCGGAGGAUGGAGGAGAAGGCCCAUGACAGGGCGGCCCAGACCCAGAAAAAGCCCACGUCUGUCCCGUUUAGCUGGAUCUUCGAUAGAUCCGUCAAUGUCGUGAUUCCGUAAUUUUCCUCAAAAAAAAUUGAGAAUCAGGUUAUGCUUAGAGGUGCAUUCACUGUUGUGUGGAUUAUCCUUGCAAUAAAAAAACAACGCCUUGCGGGUG